AUGGCGAAGAGAUCCGUACCUCUUCUAAAGCAACUUCUCUCCUCCUCCGCCGCCGUCUCAUCGUCAUGCUCCUCCCGCUUCACCUCUCACCGAUCCGUCACCUACAUGCCCCGUCCCGGAGACGGCUCUCCACGCGCCGUCACCUUGAUUCCCGGCGACGGAAUUGGUCCUCUCGUCACAGGCGCCGUCGAGCAAGUCAUGGAGGCGAUGCACGCUCCUGUCUACUUCGAGCGCUACGACGUCCACGGGGAUAUGCCGAAGGUGCCGCAGGAGGUGAUUGACUCGAUCAAGAAGAACAAGGUGUGCUUGAAAGGAGGUUUGGCCACUCCCAUGGGAGGUGGUGUAAGUUCUUUGAACGUCCAGCUGAGGAAACAGCUUGAUUUGUACGCUUCCCUAGUGAAUUGCUUCAAUCUGCCUGGAUUGCCCACUCGCCACGAGAAUGUCGACAUCGUCGUGAUUAGAGAGAACACCGAAGGCGAAUACGCCGGCCUGGAGCACGAGGUCGUCCCUGGCGUCGUCGAGAGCCUCAAGGUGAUUACGAAGUUCUGCUCGGAGCGGAUUGCCAAGUAUGCCUUCGAGUAUGCGUACCUGAACAACAGGAGGAAAGUGACUGCAGUGCACAAGGCCAACAUCAUGAAGCUCGCUGAUGGGUUGUUCUUGGAGUCCUGCCGAGAGGUUGCUACCAAGUAUCCCGGCAUCAAGUACAACGAAAUCAUUGUGGAUAAUUGCUGCAUGCAGCUUGUAUCCAAGCCUGAGCAAUUCGAUGUUAUGGUCACACCUAAUCUUUAUGGAAAUCUAGUUGCAAAUACAGCUGCGGGUAUUGCUGGUGGUACUGGAGUGAUGCCUGGAGGUAAUGUUGGAGCUGAUCACGCAGUGUUCGAGCAAGGUGCGUCGGCAGGAAAUGUAGGGAACGAGAAAGUAACGGAACAGAAGAAAGCAAACCCAGUUGCUCUGCUGCUGUCUUCUGCUAUGAUGCUUAGACAUCUCCAGUUCCCAUCAUUUGCUGAUAGGUUGGAGACUGCUGUCAAGCAUGUGAUCUUUGAGGGCAAGCACCGGACCAAGGAUUUAGGAGGGAAUAGUACCACCCAAGAGGUUGUUGAUGCGGUCAUAGCUACUCUGGACUGA